AUGCACUGCGGCUUCCGACGUUUCUGCAGCUCUGGUGCCGUAGGCGUGGCUGCAGGCGUCCUGGCGCUGCGUUCACGACGUGCCAGCUUUGCAUUGCCACCCGAGCCAAAGGCAUGCUUUGGAGUGGUGGCUGACGUACAGUAUGCUGACGUAGAUGAUGCCUGGAACUUCCGGCGCACUCAAAAGCGUCGCUACCGUGGAGCGCUAGAAGCUCUCAAAUUGGCCGUUGAGGAUUGGAAAAAAGGCCCGCCCUUAUUGUUCAUUGCAGACCUUGGUGCUUCUUGGUUCAGUUGGCUCAGGGAGCACAUUUGCACUGCAUGA